AUGUCCAGUGCAGUGAAACCGUUCCCGGUUGAGAAGGAGUACGAGAAGAAUCCCAACAUAAAACCGGAGGAUAUAAAGAAACUACGCGAAUGGCUAAAGACACAACCACACCUCCCAGCGGACCACUUGACAGAUCUUGACCUAAUGCUGACAUACUACUGCUGUGACCGAAGUCAGGAAGUGUCCAAGCAGGUGCUAGACCUCCAUUACACGCUGCGUACACUGUUCACAGUUUUCUUCAAAGACCGCUGCUUGGAUAGAAAAAUUGAUCUAUGCUUAGAUACCAUAUUAUUUGCACCACUUCCGACACCCACAUUGAAGGGAGACCGCGCGGUAUACGUGCGCCUGCUGGAUCCUGAUCCACGCAACUUCUUCUUUCCAGAGACAGUGCGGACAUUUAUGAUGAUGUUCGAUAUGUGGCAGUACGAAGAAGGCACGUGGCCAGGGUUCGUGCUCGUGAUUGACAUGGACCAAGCUGUGAUGGGUCACAUUACGCGUCUUGAAAUUAUGACAGUCCGACAGGUUCUUUAUUUCUUACAGGAAGCCAUGUUGGUGAAAUUGAAAGGAGUGCAUUUUCUUAAUGCCCCGCACUUCAUGGAUAAGCUCAUGAUGCUUCUGAAACCUUUUUUGAAGAAGGAAUUGUUAGAAACGAUGCAUAUACACCAGGUCAACUCGGAUAGUUUUUAUCAACACAUGAGUAAGAAAGCCUUACCUAAAGAGGAGGGAGGCGAAUAUAAAGAUCAUGCCACUAUAAGAGAUGAGCUUAUUCAACGUAUGAAAACCAACACUGACUUUCUCCGUGAAGAAAACAAGAAGAGAGUAAACGAGACACUGCGGCCUGGUAAAGCGAAGACUGUGGAGGACCUCUUCGGUAUACAGGGCAGCUUCAAGAAGCUCGAUAUUGAUUGA